GCACUCGAUGAAGGUCGACGAUAUUGUUCUAUCAUUCUCAGUUUUGAGUCGUGAGUUAGAUGGUGAUGUAAAGGAAGAAUUCGUGUAACGCGUGGCUAAGGAAAUAGACGCUGAAUUCGGUGUUACUGCUCAAGUACCGCGUGGUUGAAAGAGUAUCGAGUACUUGUAGAUAAUGGAUACCGAGACCUCCGAAAAUAUCGAGACGGAGGCUACCGAGAAGAAGAAAAACGAGCUUUACUGGAGAGACACUGUCUACUCAGCUCUUGAGCCUUCCGAUCGAUCGAAUCGAGUCACUACUAUCUGUCCAACGAUCCAAAGAGAUACAAAGGACGAAGGCAAUCUUGUGAAUUGAAAAAAUUAAACCUAUCGAGCAUGUAAAGGACAAAAAAUAUUCAAAGGAGGAGAGAGCGAGGAAGAAAGAUGACAAAAGUGUGGAAUAUGUUUUAAAGAGUUUAAGCAAUAUCGAGAAGCCUGAGGAGAAACUGGCGGCAAUGUGUAAAAAGUAUGCCGAGGUUGUCGAUGAAUACCGAAAGUUGCAGGUGUCAUUAAAACAAUCCGAAAAGAAAAUUAUUAUGAUCCAAAGGGAGAAGGAACAGUUACAAACAGAACGUAGUAAAGCUAUUUUGACAAGAAGUCGGUUAGAAAAUUUGUGCCGUGAAUUACAAAAACAAAAUAAAGCUGUAAAGGAAGAAGGUUUAUUGAAGGUCAGGGAAGAGGAAGAGAAACGGAAAGAGGUUUCUGCAAAAUUUCAAAGUACCGUUGGAGAAAUUACUGCCCUCCUUCGGGAGAGCAAUGAAAAGAAUAUUAAAAUGUAUGAAGAUAAUUUGGAGCUCAGUAAAAAAUUCAAAUCCAUUGGAGAACAGUUUGCACUUAGAGAACAGCAAGUCACAAAAAUGUUGCAACAAAUGCAGUUUCAGACGCAGCUCGCAGAAGCAGGAUACGCAAAAAUUAAAAUGGAAAUGGCAGAAGAAAAGGAGGCCCUUUUAAAAGAGAAACAACGCCUUUUAUUGAACCUAACGGAAUAUCAAGUUCGAAUACGAGAACUUCAAGCAACGGAAGUAGACCUAAGAAGUCAAAUUAGUAUUUAUACAGAUAAAUAUGAUGAAUUUCAAAAUGCGUUAACCAGGAGUAAUGAAGUUUAUGGUGGUUUUAAUGAAGAGAUGGAGAAGAUGUCAAAGAAGAUACUAAAAUUAGAAGAAGAAACUACAUUGUGGAAGCAGCGAUGGGAAAAUAGUCACGCAGCUCUCCUUGAAAUGGUAGCGGAUAAACGAAUGAAAGAUACAGAGUUAGCGUCUCUUAGUAAAAAGUUAGUCUUCUUACAAGAAUUAUGUAGAGCACUCCAACGGGAGAGAACGUCCCUUUUAAUACAGUUAGGUGAAAAAAUGACAAAUACUGGAUCUGAAUUACCCAAGGAGGCUUCAACGGAGGAAAAUGUAAUUACGAUUAAACCAACCCAUGAUCUCUCGAAAGACUUUGAACAAAUGAAAGAUGGCAUAGAACAGGCUACAACGGAAGAAGAUAUUCAGCAAGUUGAUGAUCUCACAAAAGACUGUCAACAGUUAACAGAAGAGAUAGAACAUAUACAGGGUUGCCUUUCUGAAGAAAUGAAAAAAGUUAUUGAUCAGGAUUCAAAAAAUCUAGUUGAAAAACUCAUGGCGGCAUCAGGAUCUGCUGUAAGAGAAGAACAAGAACCAGCAGGAGUUGCAGGUAAAACUGAGAACUGCACUAACAGUAAACCCAGCAGUCCAGGACCAGCUAAGAAAGGAAAGGAUGGAAAGAAAAAGAAGAAAUGAAAUAAAGCCCUUGGAUUUAAAAAUGUUAUGGAGGAACGUAAAAUUAUUGUAACGGGAUCUUCAUAGCCACACAAAUCAAAAGUCCAUCAAUUAUUACUUACACACUUAAAAACCAAGGAAAAUGUAUUUAUUUUACAACACAUUGGGCUAUCAUUCUUACUGUUAUAGAUACAAAUACAUUAUAGAUGAUGAUUUUAUGUGCCUCGCACUCGCACGAAUGUCAGACGAAUCCAUCAUAAUUGCACUUUGUGGUUUCCAAUGAGUUUCAUCUUUUAAUUAAUCACUAGUCGGUAAGUUAAUGUUGGAAAAUCUUGUACGUCUUUUUAUUAUGGAUAACUUAAUUAGCAUUCGAUUGGUUAACACGUCAUGACAUAACAGUCAGGUAUAUUUCUUGGCUCUUUAUUUUGAUUGAUUUAAGUAAAUAUAAUACGUUCGUGGAGAACUUAUCCUCAGUAAUUUUUCCUUUGUGUGGUACCUACAGCCGGGAAUAGUACUUUUAAUGAUCUUCGGGGUAUCUAUAGAGUUACAACGCCUACAAUAAACAAUUUUCAUGAAUAUAAUAUGCAACACAAUUAAUUUUACAGUUUGGAUUUGUUACGUUCUAUAUCAUUAUGAUGAAGCACACAUUAGUUUAAACGGUUACCUUUACGGUUGUACUAGUUGACAAUGUACUUGUAAGUUCAUGCCGACACUGAUACUGCCUACUAUAGUUAGCGUUCUGCUUUUUAUUAAUUAUUCUCUAUAUUUGAAUUAUUAGCAAGAAUUGUGCACACCGAAGAAAAUUUUACUUCCAUUGAAAGCAAUAUCUUUUUUUAUAUAAGACAGUGGGAUUGGUUCAUACGUUACAAUGAAAAAAAAUGUAUUCGAUCAAAGAGUAUUUCUGGUUGUGUCAGAGCGUAAGACUGUUCUCUAUCGGAACAAUAUUUAUUUCAUUAACAAGAGUUUUGUUAGUGUAUACAUAAUUCUGGCCUGUGAUUUGCCAUUGCAUUUUUGACGAUGAUCAGACAUAAUCAAUUCAGGUUGCAGCAUCGUUCAAAGCUUUAGAGUUGGGUUUCGAUGGUCUUCAUUCGUCCGAGUGAUUUUACAAAGGAAGGUUUAUAAAGAAUUCAUAUCAUUAACAAUCCGUUUUCUGAUGUAGCCAUUGAGUAAUGAAUUUCCUAGGAAUGUGUGUUGUGAAUAUUACUAUUAUUUUUAUUAUUUGUUCACAGAGGAUUGCAUAUUAAUAAUAUUUCAUUACUUUUAAUCGCUGAAUAAUAACUGUUGUAAAUCUUACAAUGUAUUAAGUGUUCAAAUGUCUACAAAGAAAAGAUUUGCUAGGUGAAUAAACAAACAUCAAUUUUUACGACAUGAUUGAAGGGAAUUCUGAAUACCAAGUGAAUUGAAAAAGAAUUAGUUGCCAAAUUGUAUUUAUCGUGCAUCUUCUGAAAGUAUUAAGAAAAUAUUUCUUUACGUGCCGCGUAUAAAAUAAACGAGGUAGAAGAGAGGAUCAUUGUAACGUAACAGAUUGUUCUUGGUAAAAGAGCUUAGGGUACAUUUUCAGAAAUAUGAUAGAAUCCAUUGAGAUACCAUAUCAACGUAUUUCCACACGAACGAUUUUUACAUUUUUGCAUCCAUGACUCGUUACGAAGAAUUCAUCCAUAAAAUCAAUCCACGUAAAUUACGUCAGAUAAUAUAUUUAUUGUUCACCUUACAUAGUCAUAACAUUGCGGUUUAUAAAAAUGAUCGAUAAAAGGCAGAGUUAGCCCUCCCCGGACUUUAAUCCUCGCUGACCCCAGUUUUCGUUUCUCUCAGUUUCUGUCCGAUGAAACUAAUACAAUUAACGUUAAAUCUGUUAACCAUAGCUGGGGAUAUUGAAACGUCCCUUUUUAGAAGCUGGGUCCUCGCUCGUCAUUUUCCAGUAUAAGUUAUUUCCUUGAACAACCGUGCGAAUUGUCAUACAGCACGACAUGUGUUUCAUUCGAAAGGGAUAUUGUAUACGGUCAGCAAUUCCGAUAAUAUGAAUAAUUUUAUCUUAACUGUGAUCUGUACAAAAAAGAGUAAUGUUAGGAAAACGAGGAGAAAUAAAACAGCUGACGCUUGGAAAGGUC